UUGACCUUCCCUAAAGCCAAGCUGCUGCUGAUGUCCAGCGAUCAGGAAGAUCUCAACGACUGGUAUUCCAGCCUGAGCUCUGCUGUAGGUCAGUUGUUGUCCAGGAACACAGUGGUCCAUCAGAGAGAUGAUCUGGUCAGGAGACCUCUACGCUGCUUUGUAGAGGACCAGAAGAACCAAACUACCCCUUCCACACCACCCACCACCACCCCCGGGAGGAAGAGGAUGGCCCCCCCUCCACCCCAGACCCCCUCCACCUCCAGACCUCCUGCUCCAGUAGAAGCAGAGGGCAGCGCCUCCAAGAGGGUGAAGCUGACUGAGGGACCAGCUGAGAGUGAACCGGCCAGGUCAAGCUGUGUGAUCCUGUGAAGGACGAAGAACUUCAGAGAUCCUUACUCUUUCGCUCAAACCAAUCAAGUCAGAGAGAUAAGCGUUAAUGGGGGGAUAUGAGGAGAGAUGGGAGGUAGUUAGAUACUGGAGAAUCACGUUAACGGGGGAUAUGAGGAGAGAUGGGAGGUAGUUAGAUACUGGAGAAUCACGUUAACGGGGGAUAUGAGGAGAGAUGGGAGGUAGUUAGAUACUGGAGAAUCACGUUAACGGGGGAUAUGAGGAGAGAUGGGAGGUAGUUAGAUACUGGAGAAUCACGUUAACGGGGGAUAUGAGGAGAGAUGGGAGGUAGUUAGAUACUGGAGAAUCACGUUAACGGGGGGAGAUGGGAGGUAGUUAGAUACUGGAGAAUCAGGUUAACGGGGGGAGAUGAGAGGUAGUUAGAUACUGGAGAAUCAGGUUAACGGGGGGAGAUGGGAGGUAGUUAGAUACUGGAGAAUCAGGUUAACGGGGGGAGAUGAGAGGUAGUUAGAUACUGGAGAAUCAGGUUAACGGGGGGAGAUGAGAGGUAGUUAGAUACUGGAGAAUCAGGUUAACGGGGGGAGAUGGGAGGUAGUUAGAUACUGGAGAAUCAGGUUAACGGGGGGAGAUGAGAGGUAGUUAGAUACUGGAGAAUCAGGUUAACGGGGGGAGAUGAGAGGUAGUUAGAUACUGGAGAAUCACGUUAACGGGGGGAGAUGGGAGGUAGUUAGAUACUGGAGAAUCAGGUUAACGGGGGGAGAUGGGAGGUAGUUAGAUACUGGAGAAUCAGGUUAACGGGGGGAGAUGGGAGGUAGUUAGAUACUGGAGAAUCACGUUAACGGGGGGAGAUGGGAGGUAGUUAGAUACUGGAGAAUCAGGUUAACGGGGGGAGAUGAGAGGUAGUUAGAAGAUAUGAAAUGUGAAGAUUUUAACACUGAUGCCAAAGACACACUAUGAAACACCUUCUCGAUAGGAGCUCAAGGAGAUGGAAUAUGUGAGAUGUGACUCUGAAAUAAAUGUUGUCAUGAAUGUUUUGUCCUGAAUAGAAUGCUCCCAUUAUAUGUCAGAGCAAACGCUCAGCAGGAAAAUACUGGAUUACUAGAUUGGGAUUCAAAACUGUCACCUGGGAUAUUUUGGCAGCACGAUACCGUAUAAUCUUAAUGUUAAAUCGUGAUUUUUACUGUCUAUUUACAUUUAAUUCAGACAAGAGCUGAAAUAUUAGUAACAUCAUGCUUGUCUCUAUGGUAAUAUACAGUAUAUUAUAAUAUUAGUAACAUAUCAUGCUUGUCUCUAUGGUAAUAUGCAGUAUAUUAUAAUAUUAGUAACAUAUCAUGCUUGUCUCUAUGGUAAUAUACAGUAUAUUAUAAUAUUAGUAACAUAUCAUGCUUGUCUCUAUGGUAAUAUACAGUAUAUUAUAAUAUUAGUAACAUAUCAUGCUUGUCUCUAUGGUAAUAUACAGUAUAUUAUAAUAUUAGUAACAUAUCAUGCUUGUCUCCAUGGUAAUAUGCAGUAUAUUAUAAUAACAUAUCAUUCUUGUCUCUAUGGUAAUAUACAGUAUAUUAUAAUAUUAGUAACAUAUCAUGCUUGUCUCCAUGGUAAUAUACCAUAUAUUAUUAUAUUAGUAUCAUCAUGCUUGUCUCUAUGGUAAUAUACAGUAUAUUAUAAUAUUAGUAACAUAUCAUGCUUGUCUCCAUGGUAAUAUGCAGUAUAUUAUAAUAUUAGUAACAUAUCAUGCUUGUCUCCAUGGUAAUAUGCAGUAUAUUAUAAUAUUAGUAACAUAUCAUGCUUGUCUCCAUGGUAAUAUGCAGUAUAUUAUAAUAUUAGUAACAUAUCAUGCUUGUCUCCAUGGUAAUAUGCAGUAUAUUAUAAUAUUAGUAACAUAUCAUGCUUGUCUCCAUGGUAAUAUGCAGUAUAUUAUAAUAUUAGUAACAUAUCAUGCUUGUCUCCAUGGUAAUAUGCAGUAUAUUAUAAUAUUAGUAACAUAUCAUGCUUGUCUCUAUGGUAAUAUACAGUAUAUUAUGAUAUUAGUAACAUCAUGCUUGUCUCUAUGGUAAUAUACAGUAUAUUAUAAUAUUAGUAACAUCAUGCUUGUCUCUAUGGUAAUAUACAGUAUAUUAUAAUAUUAGUAACAUAUCAUGCUUGUCUCCAUGGUAAUAUGCAGUAUAUUAUAAUAUUAGUAACAUAUCAUGCUUGUCUCCAUGGUAAUAUGCAGUAUAUUAUAAUAUUAGUAACAUAUCAUGCUUGUCUCCAUGGUAAUAUGCAGUAUAUUAUAAUAUUAGUAACAUAUCAUGCUUGUCUCUAUGGUAAUAUACAGUAUAUUAUGAUAUUAGUAACAUAUCAUGCUUGUCUCUAUGGUAAUAUACAGUAUAUUAUAAUAUUAGUAACAUAUCAUGCUUGUCUCCAUGGUAAUAUACAGUAUAUUAUAAUAACAUAUCAUGCUUGUCUCUAUGGUAAUAUACAGUAUAUUAUAAUAUUAACAUAUAAUAUACAAGGCAGCGGCACUGUGUUACCAUUAAUAGCUACUGAGUUAAUGAAUAUAUUUAUUCCAUAUCAUGAUUGUAUCUUUCACUACUGCAGAGAGAGAGAGAAUUCCCUCCUUUAAGAACUCUACUAAUAUGUGCCAGGCCAUUCUGAGCCUUAUGAAUCGAUGGUCUACUGAUAUGAUUUUACUAAUGUAUCAUACAAUUACGUUCCUUUUUACGUUACACAUUCCUUCUAUAGUAAGCAUGUACUCUGUCCAAAUAUAUUUAUCAAAAACAUUAAACAUUUUAAACAUU